CAAGGUGUUAAGCUCAGCGUGCCAAAAUGCAUUUGCCCCGAGGCGCAUUAAGUUUGCUGUUUAUCACUUGCAUGAUGUUUGCUCUGACAAGCGGCCAUCCAUCAAACGACAAGCUUAAGAUACGCAUCCAUGUGCCGGUGAAGCAUCACACGCAUGUGCACACGAAGACGGUGAUAAAGAAGGUGCCGCUGCCCAUUCCGGUGCCGGUCAAGGAGCACAAGGAGCCAAAGAAGCAUCAUCGCAGCAGUCACAGCCAUCAUCAUUAUCAUCAGCAGGAUGAGCUCGAUGAUGACUUCGAGGGUUACGAUUAUCCCGUCAAGGCCAAGCGGCGCACGCGGCAUCCUUUUGUCUAAUAAUGCCCACGUGUGGGCGUCACGCGUUGUGGGCGUAUCAUCAAAUGAGAGAACCAAACGACCACACACACACACCCACACAC